UUGUCUCUUACUUUAGAGCUGCCGGCCAAUCUCUGCUGAGGUACGGAAAGCGGUAGCCAAUCAACAAGUACUUCCUGUCGCGUUGCCUCCAAUCAGCGUCGUAGAGGGCGUAGCGAGCUUUCAGCGUUGCAGGAACCGGCUGCUGCUUUCGGUUUUGUGUCCGGCUGAGGCAGAGAAGCGUCGCAAACAUGUCGAUUAUGUCGUAUAACGGUGGGGCCAUCAUGGCCAUGAAAGGGAAAGACUGCGUGGCCAUUGCUGCAGACCGUCGCUUCGGGGUACAGGCGCAGAUGGUAACCACAGACUUUCAGAAGAUCUUCCCUAUGGGGGACCGCUUAUACAUUGGAUUGGCCGGCCUGGCUACAGAUGUUCAGACUGUGUCCCAGCGCCUCAAGUUCCGACUCAACCUCUAUGAGCUGAAGGAAGGACGUCAGAUUAAGCCCAAGACCUUCAUGAGUAUGGUGGCCAAUCUGCUUUAUGAGAGGAGGUUUGGCCCUUACUACAUAGAACCCGUAAUUGCUGGCUUGGACCCCAAAACAUUCCAGCCCUUCAUUUGUUCUCUGGAUCUGAUUGGCUGUCCCAUGGAGACGGAAGACUUUGUGGUGAGCGGAACGUGCUCCGAGCAGAUGUAUGGAAUGUGUGAAUCCUUGUGGGAACCAGACAUGGAGCCGGAGGACCUGUUUGAAACGAUCUCUCAGGCGAUGCUGAACGCUGUGGAUAGAGACGCGGUGUCAGGAAUGGGAGUGGUCGUGCAUGUGAUAGAAAAAGAUAAAGUCACAACAAGGACCCUGAAGGCUCGUAUGGAUUAACUCUCUACUUGCCCCCCUGGAUUCUGCCUCUGUUCAAUGUCGUUUGCUUUUCUUUUUUGUUUUUUAAUUAAACAGCUAAAUAUCUUCAAA